GAUGUAUUAGUAGUGUACAUUUUACCUCGAGGCGCGCGAUCUGUAGCUUCCUUCGUUGGUACAUAAUCAUAUCUGAUUCAUGCAGACCUGCCAUUCUGAUCGGCGAUGAAGUCGCGUAACUUCAUCCCAUGUCUGAUAGUCUGGCUCACAUCCGUGCAACAUUAGAUGCUCGUCCUCUAUAUUGCAGUGGAAGUUGCAAAUUUUCUGUCGAGCAAUCUACACUUUUUUAUAGUACAACGGCGAGCGGUACACGAAAAAUAAAUUUGCUUUCCCCUACGCAGGACCAGCUUGAGUCACUCCAUGAAGCUUGUCAUCUUGCAGCAUAUGAUUAUGACCAUGGAGAAGUUCCCAAUAAACUCAGGGCCGGCAGGUUAGACGCCACUGCGUUCGCCACUCAAUUUAACUUGGAAAACACUGGACUGGUUGAUGCCGUGGGUCAGGCGUUAUUCGAGGGCAUGACCGUUCGGCGGGACAUCAGAUUCGAAUUGUUUGAAUUGAAUAUCUAUGGUCGGAACGCCACGAAUAGCGACAAGCUAUUAGGUUUCCUCGAUAUUGUAUUCCCGACUCCGCAUACCGGAGGGAUAUGCAGUCUACGCAACAACGAAAGCCUGUGGCGUGUCGACUUUGCAACGAUGCUGUCAGAAGCACAGAUCCCUCUCAUCGGUUAUGCAGCGUACUUCAAUGAGGUCGAACGUGAGAUUGGCUUAAUCACAUCUGGUCACCGCCUCACCUUGGGUUACAAACUCUACUUCGUGUCUGGCGAGGAAAGUUCAUUAGCUAUUAUCUCCGCACCUGGCCCCUUUGAAUUGUCCUUGAAAGCUGCCCUUGUCGAAUUAGUGAAUGAUUCCAAGGUGUUACCUAACGGUGAGAUGAGAGUGGACACUCUUAGGUCACGCUUGAAGGGCUCGGAUGCGAUCACUUCUCGUGUCCUAGACAGGCUCCAUCUGCCAUGGUCUCUCGGUGUUCUAUACCGUGACAGAGGAUCUCAUUCGGAGCAGACAUUCGUGCUCCAUAAAUUCAUAUCCUAUCUUUCCCAGCGCGACUUCGUGUGGAGUCACUGGGGUGCUGGUGAGAAAUUGGGUCCAGGAGCUGAAUUCAUUCGGUUUGUUGAUGAAUUUGGGAAUGACUGACGAGAGGCUGGCUAGCGACCACUACAGACACUCGGAAGAUGUCGCUGAAAUCAUCCAGGUGACAGAGAUGCCCUCCGUCACAAACGUACAUUCUCAAUAUCUUGCAUACGGGGACGAGAUAAUGAUGGGAAACCUUUAUGGUGAUAUUUGCCUAGUUGCGGAGGUCCCUGCGAAGGUUGUAUAUUAGUACGAGCUGUGGCUCAAUUUCGCUUUUAGUCUGACUCAGGUGUGCUCAUAAAGCAGCUUUCUCGACGUUGUGAAAAGGAGAAACGCGCCUUCCACCAAUCACUGACUCACUAAGACUGCGCUCAGAAUAUUUGAGGCUUCUGAAGCUUCAAGUGCGUGCACCCUUAAACCUUAAAGUUGACGGAGAUUUGAUCGACGAAUGAGUC